GGGGGCAAGCGUUGGUAAGCCGUUAGCAAUGUUUCGUUCUCAAUCAAACAUAUCGGACUGACAUCUGGAAAUUUACCCAAUACACAAACUAUACAGUAUAUACUUUUUGUUUAGCUAUGAUAGAACAGCGGAAAAUACACUAGUACCGUGGUAUACAGCUGAUGUAUUACACAUAUGUAAUGUUCUCGAAGAUUUGGCAUAGAUUAAUCACGUGCGUUCUUGCCAGGUAACUCAGAAAAAGGUGUAGUUUUGUUCCAAGAUCGUUUACAAAAUGCGCACAACGUCAGUGAUUUGUUCUUAAUAUGGCACGAGGAACUACAAAAGUAAUGACGUAGAGCACUGGAAUUAUAAGAAAUGUCUACUAAAACUUGACGAAAGUUGUGAAAUCUUGGAAUUUCAAAGGAAUUUAUGGAGUAAACUUGACUUCCGCGGUAACUGUGUAAGUGUAGGAAUAUAAUUUGUUUCGUAAGGUGUAUAUUUUAUUUAUAUUUUGUUAGAUAGUUUAGAAAAAAUAAAACAACAAAACAAUGAGUGAAGAAGAAUCGAAGGGACCGGCAGUGUGUGAGCAUUUUGAGCCUCAAGCAUGGAGGAAAACUGUAUGUAAAAAUUGUUUCCAGCCACCCGAUGCACAUCCCACCGGAAGUGGCUUAAAUGGCGUUGCUGACAUUUCCGGUUCCGGUAAAGGGGACGAACGAAGAAGCUCUUCAGUGGAGAAGGCCGAAAAAACAGCCGCUUCCUCUUUGAAAAGUAAGUUCGAACAAUUAGAGAUUGAUAAAUUCAAGCCAAAGGAAGCGGCUCAUACAUUGCCAAGGACGAAAAAAGCAGGCGCGUUAGCUUUAAUAACUGAAAAGUAUGAUGAACUGGAUAGGCAAGCAGGUAGACUAGAAAGCCCAACUAAAGGCAUUCCACCCCCUACCCCUCCAAAAACUUAUAAGAAACCCAAAGACGGUCUUUCGAAAUCUAAAUUCGGAUCGGUAGAAAACAUUUCUUCAGAUGACGAUAUAGGUGAAAAUAAACUUGGACUUAAAUUUAAAUUUGGAUCUAUGGAGAAUAUAUCAAUGUCCGACAAAAAGAAAGAACCCGUUCCAACACCAGCACAAAAAUCUAAAUUUGGUGGCUCUAUUGAAAAUAUUUCAAUAUCUAUAAAAACAAAAUCCGCUGGGAAAGACCCUAAGGAUAAGAAAGAUAUAUUUGCUGGUAAACUUGAUUCGUUUCAAAAUGAAUUUAAAGCAGCUUCAAUGUCAAAAUCAGGACAGACAGUUAUUCAUCAGCAAAAGGAUGGACAUGUUGAUAUUAUAAGUCUUCCUGGUAAAAAUAAAGACACUGCUGAUAAAGAUAAGAAAUAUGACCAAAAGAAAGACACCGUUGGAAAGUUAAAUGACAAAAACCAAGCAUUAUCAAACAAGUUAACCGCAUCAGACAAAGAAAAACAGUCUGAUGGUAAACAAACUAAGAAUUUUCUUACCUCAACAAAAGACAAACAAAACGACAGCAAGACUGAAACAGAACCGAAAGGUGGGAAAAUUGACCUCAAAGCAGGUUUAAAAUCUGUCAAUAAAGAUAAAGAGGAUAAUAAACUUUCGAGUUAUAAAGACAAAUUAAAUAAAACAGAAGAAAAACCUACUUCUAAAUUUAACCAAGACAACAAGUUUAAAUCUUUAGCUGAUAAGAAAAAAGAGGAGCCAAAGAAGCUGGACUUAAAGAAACAAGAAACUGCUCAACCGGAAGAAAAUAAAAAGCCGAAAUUUAGUUUUAAAGACAACUUAAAAUCUCCUGAGCCGGAUAAUAGUCCAUUAUCAAAGUUUAAAGACAAACUAAAAUCCCCCACGACGGAACCUGAUAAGAAGCAAGCCCCAUCAUGGAAAGAUAAAUUAAAAGCUUCAACAACAGAUAACGAAAAGAAACCAGAUUUAAAAAGCCAAUUAAAAUCACCGACCCCAGAUAAAGAAAAAGAGCCUGAUUUUAAACAAAAGUUUCAAUUAAAAUCCAAAUCAAAAGAUGAAGAUAAAGCGUUUCAAGCUAAAGCAAAUGAUAAAUUGAAGUCCCCAACUCCUGAAAAGGACAAUAUUUCAGAAUUUAAAUUGAGAUCUCAAUUGAAAUCGCCAACACCAGAUAAGGAAAAAGAGCCAGGAUUUAAAAUGAAAUCACAAGACACAGGUUUCAAGUUAAAACCUUUUGCAGCAAAAACAAACACUGAAGAAAGUGACAAAAAAUCAACAGACUUAUUAAAAAUAUCGAAAGCAGAUUCUGAUAAAAAGUCAGACCAACUUAAACUGAGAGAAAAUCUUAAGUCUCCUUCUACCGAAAAAACUCUCACGCAAGAUCUCAAAUCGAAAUCCGGGUCUGGAAAAACAGACGACGAUGAAAGCUCAAAAAGCAAAAACAAACCACUUGACUUUCGCACUGGUCUUAAGAAAACGAAUGAUGCUUCAAACAAAGAUAAAGACAAAGAUUUACCAAAACUGGACUCAAAAAAUAAAUUUGAAUUACCUUCAUUAAAGUCAAAUAAAACAAACUCUGUAAGUGAUAAUAAAAGUCAAGAUUCAAAAGGUAAGCCUGGAGGUUUGGAUAAUAAGGACACUGAAAAGACAAAUAAUAAGUUCGAAUCAAAGUUUAAGUUAAACAAGACUGAUCCAAAGACCUCAAUAGUUGACGAGAAAGACAAAAUUGGAUCAAAAAAGUUUGAACUUCCGAAACUUAAAUCAAAAUCUGAUAAACCUGAUGAACCAAAAACGGAUUUAAAGUCAAGGUUCGAACCCAAAUCAAAAUUGAAUGAAGCUAAAUCAGAACCCAAAACAAAAUAUGAAAUUCCAAGUCUCAAAAAAGUUAAAUCUCCGGAACCCGAUUUAUCACAUGUGAAAAAAGAUGAGAAACCUAAGACAGACAAAAGUGAGGCUAAUUCAGUCUCAAGUGAAAAACAUGACACUAAAAAUACUGCUGAUACGAAGUCUUCCUCAAUAGACACAAAAGCCGACUUUCAGAAAAAUAAAGAAAAUGAGGAAAGUCGAAACUUGGAGUCCAGGGAGGAAAUCGAUACGAAAAAUACUCCAAAUGCCUCUGCUAUCAAUAAAACAAAUUUCGACAACGUUUCGUCUGAUAUCGAGGCUGUUUCUGGUGACGCAUGCGCGGAUAAACGCACGCGCGAGAAGUCACCUUUACACGUGGAUACUCAGGUAUUCACUAGUAGUCGGAGUAAAACCGCGGGAGUCAAUAGUCUUGACGAGAAUAACUUUGACAGUACUGAUAAUGCUAUAGGAAUUUCGAGUAUAGACUUUAAGACAGCAAAAAGCCCUCCGAAAGAUUCCUUAGAUAAAACAAAAAUUCAAAAUGGCGACAUUGCAAUGGAAAAUCAUGACCGACAGGCCGAGAUUAAGAUGGACGAUGAAUACAAGUCAAUUAAAGACAAAUAUACCACCAGUGAACUUGAAAAGUUGAAAACGGAAUUGGCAAUAAUGAAUGAAAGAUGUCAGAAUUUAGAAAAGGAAAAUGAGCUACUCAGGGACGAGCUUCAUGAAAAGAGGACGUCUGAAUCUUCCCUCAAGAAGCACCGUGAGGACGUAGAGCACACAAUCAAGGGCCUCCGUGAUCAUCUAGAUUCUAUGGAAGAAAAAUGCACGCGUUUAGAAUCUGAGAAUAUUAAUCUUAUGAAUGAUUUAAAAUCAAAACAUGAAAACAAUCAGCAAAAACCAAACUCUAAAGAAGCAGACGACUUUGACGAACGCUUGACAUCAAGAGAAAAAAUAAUGGAGGACAUGAUGGAAGAAAACGAACAAUUAAAACAAGAAAUUAAUGAACUCAAAGUUGAAAUGGAGGAAAUGUAUGAUAGCUUUAGAGACCAGGAGGCCGAAGAAUUUAGAGAGAUUCAAAAAGAGUUGGAAUAUACGGCUAAGAAUUGUCGCAUUCUUCAGUUCAAACUUCGGAAAAUGGAGAGAAAGAACGAUCAAAUCGAACAGGAUAAAAACCAGUUUGAGGGUAAACUCAGGAAGCUCCAAAAUUCAUUCCAGGACAGGGAUGCCGUCUCUCACAUACACUCUCUAGAGGACGAGCUCAGACUUGCUAAGGAAGUGUCCGUUCGUCUGCACGACGAGCUAGAUCUAAUGGAGGACCGACGUAGCAAGGUAGAAGAGGAAAACCGACACAUAACUGAGCUUCUCGAGCAUGCCGACCGGAAACAGUUCAGACUCGAACUUGAGGUGGACAAAUUAAGAGAUAAGGUCCUCGAGCUGAGACAAGAACUUCGGUCACGUGAGGGAGGUCCGGAGGGGGAGGAGCCAAAAAAGGCUAGCCUUAAAGAGAUUGGUCCUCAGUCAAGUCUCGAGCACGAGAUUGUCGAGUUAAAACGAGAGUUAUAUGACGGGAAAGAACGAGAACUCGACCUCAAAGACCAGCUACAGUUCCAGGAAGCUGAUGCAAAGAAACUCCGUAAAAAGGUGGUCGAUCUGGAGCAGGAAAAUGAUAACCUCAGCAAACAGUUAAAGAAAAUGUCGAGAGAACGAGCCUCAGCAAAUAAAACUGACUCGAAUGAAUCCAAAACGGAAGCGGAAGUAGAAUUGAAGAUUCAACUCGAGUUGUCAGAGAAAGAGUUGUCGGUCUUGAAAAAGAAUAUGUCGAGUAUGGACGAAGAGAACGAAAUGUUGCAUAGGGAAUUAUUCUUGUUUGAAAAGAAGCUAAAGGACUGUGAGCGACAGCUGAGGGUCAUUCCUGAGCCAUCGUCUCCUAGGGCUUACUAUGAAGAUAAAAUUAAAGAAUAUGAAAAAGAGGCGAACGAAUUUAGGACGAAACUUCUCGAUAAAGAAAGAGAAAUCGAGCAUUUGUUUGCUGAACUUAAAAAUAAUCAAGUUAAGUACUCCGGUAGAAAGCAUUUGACAAAAAGUCAGUCGCUAGAUCUUGAUUUGGAAUCAGAAUAUAAUAUGGUAGUCGAACUGAAAAGACAGCUGGAAAUUAGUCACCAAGAAAACGAAGCAUUACGAAAAAGAAUUCUGAAUUUAAAAGAAGACAAAAGCGCUCUUGUAGAUGAAAUUCGAACUUUCGAAGAGAGAAAUAUUUCGAGCUGUCAAGGGCAAUCAACUCUUGCGGUGGCUUAUAUCGAAAAUGCUGAGGAAACAGAAUUGAAAACUAAGUUAAAAUUAAAUGAGGCAUCUCUAAAAGUUCUGGCAGGUAGAAUCCAGUCUCUUGCUAAACAUGUUCUGUCAAUAACCAGGGCCUAUUUACCGAAUGUGCAUUUGGAACACAUUCUCAAAAUUGCAAAAAUAUCGAGUUCAGACAAAGUAAUUGAAUCGAGUAGCGAUACAUGGUUAGAUAACGCACUAUCUGCCGGAGCUGAGAAACCAAGUGAAACUAAGUUAAAAACUUUCACUUGCACGGAAAACCCGGGAACCUCAGGUAACAUUAAUUAUUUGCCGAGUGAUGAGGAAGUUUGUGAUGAAGAACGGCAGCAGACGAUAUUUGAAUCACGUGAUCCUGACAGGCUUCUUUCUGCAUUAGAGGAAAUUUAUUCUGUAUUGAUAGAGCGUUUGUGUAACGUGCAAAUGGAUUCGAGUAGGGAAGUAGUUCCGCUAUCGGAAAAGGAAUUAAAUGGUCAUAGUGAUUCGCCGGAAAUGGAAUGUUCGUCUGCAGAUAAUUCUGAAAGUGUUCAAAUGGAAAAUAAAAUGAGUGAAAGUGGUCAAGACAACGAAGAUAGUGCAGAAAAGGAAGUGUUAGAAUCUGUAACAAGUGCUCAAAAUGGAAAUUUAUCACAGGAAGUGGAUUUAAUAACACCAUGUGAAGCAGACGACAAUAAACAGCAGGACAUUCACGACAAUUUACCGCCAAAGUCCGACGUAAUUGCUACUGAAAAUAAAACACUGAUCGAAAGAAUAGCGUUUCUGGAAGAAGAAAUUGGUAAGCGUUUUUUCCCUAUAACAACAUUUUAUUUUUCUGAAUACGAGCUGCUUCAUCAACUGAUUGUUUUUAGUAUGCACCUUAAAUGUUAACACAAACAUACGG